GAGUUUCGCUCUUGUUACCUAGGCUGGAAUGCAAUGGCGUGAUCUCAGCUCAUUGCAACCUCUGCCUCCCAGGUUCAAGUGAUUCUCUUGCCUCAGCCUCCCGAGUAGCGGGGGUUACAGGCACGCGCCAUCAUACGCGGCUAAUUUUUUUGUAUUUUUAGUAGAGACAGGGUUUCGUCAUGUUGGUCAAGCUGGUCUCAAACUUCUGACCUCAGGUGAUCCACCUACUUUGGCCUCCUAAAGUACUGGGAUUACAGCCGUAAGCCACAGCACCCAGCCCAAGAAAAUGGAGCUUAAUUAAACUUAACUGAAUUAUUUUAAGAAAUAUUUUUAAAUGCAGAAAAAGAGAGUACUCUGAUAAACAUCCAUUUUGCACCAAGAAUAACUGACAAUUGUUUUAAGUUAACAUAUUUAUUUAAGUCUUUUGUUAAUAACAAGAUAGUCAAAGUUAAAGCAUAUUUUGAUAUAUAUGGGGAUAAAGAAGGAAGGGAAGAUAUAUUCAAAGUGUAUAUAAAAUAUACAUGUAAAUGCCAGAAAGUUUUUCAAACAGUGGGUGGUAGUCAGCACUGAAGUGUUGGAAUGGAAAUGUAAGUGGAGGUGGGAUGGAAACAGGCUGUUGCUGUAUCACUGUUUUUCUUAAUCAUAAGAAUGAUUUAAUUUUAUAGUUUCUCAAAAUACCCAUGGGAGGAACAUAAACACCUGUAUAUAAUAUGACUCUUUUUAAACAUAUAUAUCUAUAAAUGCUUGGGGUGACAGGAAACACUGAAAAUAAAUUUACCAAAGAGUUAUUUUAGCCAUUCAGUGCUUAUUGCUGGGUGGUGGAAUUAUUGUUGACUUUGUUCUUAGCAUACUUCUGCGUUUUCCAAAUUAUCUACCAUAAGCAAUUAUAUUCUGAUUGUAAAAUGCUACAGAUGAAAAACUAGAAAUAAACAUUAAAAUUAUUUAAAAGGUUUAGUUCACUAACAAUCCUGGUAAUGUUGCACUGAUACUAGGAUACUCAAGACAGAUUUGGUCACAACUAAAACUUUUUAGAGCUCUCCACUUACUCAUGUCCAAUUGUCUAUGAUCAAUUUCUACGGUCUAUUACAUUCGCAGCUGGUGAAAUUGUAAAUUGGUACCACCUUUCGGAAAGCAAUUGGCUCUAUAUAUCUUUAAAAUCUUAAAGUUAUUUAAAAAGGCUUAUGCCCUUUACCCCAGAACUGUCGCUUUCCAAAAAUUUUCCUAAAGGGGGAAAUUAUAAAUAAGAAAAACAAUACACAGGUUGAUCAUUGUAACUUAUAUAUAAUAAAGUUGGGGAAAUUAGAGAAAGGUUAAAUUACAGUGCAUUUAUUCAACAGAAUACUCCGUCAUUUGUAACAAUGAUUAUGAAACAAAAUAGAAAAAUACUCACGUUAGGUUAAAUGAAGAAAACAUAUGUAUCUAUGGUGGAUCACAAUAUGAAAAUUUAAUACUUCUAGGUAGAAGAAGAGAAACAGAAUAUGAAAAACUAAAAAGACUUUAUGGGUAGGAGGACGUGAGCAGAUCUCUAAAUAACCUUGAGAUCAAUGGAAACAGUGUAUAGAUUUUUAGGUUUACUUAUAAGCUGCUGAUCUUAUAAGAUCCUUCAGUAUAUGUUAUCAAAAAGUGUUUGCUUUUCUUGCAGACGCCCCAAGUUUGGGAAAUAUGCAAGUUGAAGCCAAUGCAUUACUGCACUUUUUAUAAUGCACUUGAAGUUUUACUAGCUGUUCCAAGAGUGGUGUACUGAGUAUUGAUAAAUCAUUUAAGUGGAGGCUCACAUGAAAUAUUAACAAUUACCCCAGGGCCUUAGAGCAAUUGUGAUCAAUUCUGGCACAGCAUCAGAUCCAUAAUUUUCUUUGCUACUCUGAUUUUUACGUUUUUUGUAUUUUCAAAGUAAUGUGACCGCAACUGUUAAGUUAUUAAAAUUGCUCCUGAGAUGAAGGCACUCGAGACACAAACACACGGAGAGGUUCGUCCGCUAUUCCUCUCAUUUACUAAGCUCGCACGUCUACCCUGAGGAUUUGGAAACACUGUACGAUUGUGCACUUACUGUGCACUUACCCCUUAGUGCUAAGGGGUAAACAGAUACCCACCGGGCUGUCUAAGGCGCAGCCUCAAGGCAAGGAAGAAGGGUGCUGGGUCGCAGGGGAUGAGAGGGCGGGGCGGCCACUUUGCUGCAGGAGAUACCCACAGCCAGUGAGCACUGAGGCAGUCAGAAGAGAAUUGUCAGUCUCUUGGACACCUUCAUUUUGUGCCCCGGAAACUUCUUCUCCGCUGUUGUCUGGGCUCCACUUCCGACCCCCAGUUGCUACCAGCUGUAGUCUGACCUCUUGCGGCCGGGGCUAGGGCCAGCCUCCCGCCGCUACCUCCGCCUCGUCCCUUCUCUGCGCCUGCGUGACCGGAAAAUUCGCGAAGGUUCCUGAAACGCAACAGAUCGUUUCCGGAAGCCGGUAGUCGCCUCAGUCGUCAGACCGGUGCUAGCGACACGGGAGUGGCUAACGCAUGCUCUUGCCGUUCCCGGUGUUUGGGCCUUGCCUGUGACGGUGGGAAAAGAAAAUGGCCUUGCUGUGCUACAACCGGGGCUGCGGUCAGCGCUUCGAUCCUGAGACCAAUUCCGACGAUGCUUGCACAUACCACCCAGGUGUUCCAGUCUUUCACGAUGCAUUAAAGGGUUGGUCUUGCUGUAAGAGAAGAACAACUGAUUUUUCUGAUUUCUUAAGCAUUGUAGGCUGUACAAAAGGUAGACAUAAUAGUGAGAAGCCACCUGAGCCAGUCAAACCGGAAGUCAAGACUACUGAGAAGAAGGAACUAUCUGAAUUAAAACCCAAAUUUCAGGAACACAUCAUUCAAGCCCCUAAGCCAGUAGAAGCAAUAAAAAGACCAAGCCCAGAUGAACCAAUGACAACUUUGGAAUUAAAAAUAUCUGCCUCCCUAAAACAAGCACUUGAUAAACUUAAACUGUCAUCAGGGAAUGAAGAAAAUAAGAAAGAAGAAGACAAUGAUGAAAUUAAGAUUGGGACCUCAUGUAAGAAUGGAGGGUGUUCAAAGACAUACCGGGGUCUAGAGAGUCUAGAAGAAGUCUGUGUAUAUCAUUCUGGAGUACCUAUUUUCCAUGAGGGGAUGAAAUACUGGAGCUGUUGUAGAAGAAAAACUUCUGAUUUUAAUACAUUCUUAGCCCAAGAGGGCUGUACAAAAGGGAAACACAUGUGGACUAAAAAAGAUGCUGGGAAAAAAGUUGUUCCAUGUAGACAUGACUGGCAUCAGACUGGAGGUGAAGUUACCAUUUCAGUAUAUGCUAAAAACUCACUUCCAGAACUUAGCCGAGUAGAAGCAAAUAGCACAUUGUUAAAUGUGCAUAUUGUAUUUGAAGGAGAGAAGGAAUUUGAUCAAAAUGUGAAAUUAUGGGGUGUGAUCGAUGUAAAGCGAAGUUAUGUAACUAUGACUGCAACAAAGAUUGAAAUCACUAUGAGAAAAGCUGAACCGAUGCAGUGGGCAAGCCUUGAACUGCCUGCAGCUAAAAAGCAGGAAAAACAAAAAGAUGACACAACAGAUUGAGUGGGAGAUGGGAGGAAGGCUAUUACAUUAUUUCAGAAUUUUUAAUACUGUGUGAAGUGGUGGCUUGCUGCUGUAAUCUUUUGUUUUGUUGUUGUGUUACUGAAUGUGGCAUUUCAGGGUUAAAAUUAGGUUCUUAAAAGCCAAAGUCAGUUUGUCUUUUUGUGCCUCUCAUCUUUCUUUUGUGUUACGUAAGAUUGAUAUUCAUUUCUCCCUACUGGUAGGAACCAUAGUUGUGUCCUAUACUUGAAGAGGCUAGAAGAUAGCCCAUAACCAUAAUUCCAGUAUUUCUUUGUAUUUAUCUGUUAAGCAAAGAAAUAUUAAGGAACAUGUUUUUUUAUGUCUUUGUAUUAUUCCAUAAUUAGUAAAGCAAGAUGAAAUGUCAAAUUUUAAUCAGUUUUUUCAUGGAUUUGUGUUCUUACAGUACUUGAAAAUAUUUAAGGAAGAGAUGAAGCUCUGCAGUUUUUUCUAUGUGGGAUGAUCACUUUUUUAAGGAGGAUUAAUUCUGAGGUAGUAUAGUAACGAAAGGGGAAUAUAUAAAUUGUUUAACAAAUUAGAAUUUGUUUACAACUACUUGAAUUUUUAAAUUAUGUCAAAACUUACAUUACUUGCCAAGCAGUAUGAUGUAAGAGUAUAGGAAACAUAAAUAAGAUUACAGAGGUAUCAAUUUGGUUAAAAUUCACCAUUUUACAAGACUAAGCAAUAAUCUUAAAAACCUCUUUCCUGAAUAUUUAAAUGUGUUUGUAUGGUGUUAUGACUAAUUGUUACUGAUUUAGAGACUAAGCCCUCUUAAAACCUUUAGUUAAAUAUAAAAAGAAAUUAUAUAUAUCUUGCCUCCCUGAUGGAAAACUAUAAAAUUGUAGACUUAAAAGGUUUGUGGAAAUACAUUAGGAUAUCAGAAAACUAAAUAUAUGGAGUUGCUUUAUGACUAUUAUAUGUUAAAUAAAAUAGCUUAAUUGUU